UGUUAGUUCAGUUCAGUGCGAGAUCCGCGCCGCAGAAACAAAGUAAUCUAUAUAGAUAUCUAUAAUAUUAUAGAUAAUUAUAAUCAGUAAUAAUUAAAAACAUCACUGUUAUACUGCAUCCGUAAUAAGCCAUCCAUGCUACAAUAUGGAUAUCAUUGAAUCUAUCAAACGAGACAAAGCUUACCUUAAAUGUAAACUAAUAGUCAAAACUUGGGAGAAAGAAUUCAAAACGAAUCACGCACGUACACCAUCCAAAUUAGACAUAAAAGAGGCUCCAUUAAAAAUCAAGUAUGCUUAUAAGAAAUAUUUCCAACUUAAAAGUGCAGCACUUGAGAGUUCGUUGUGUAUUGAUGACUUUGAAGAUGUUACACUUGCUUCCCCGGAACCAGUACGCCACUUUGAAAGUCUCUCCUGUGAAUCAUCAAGUUCUCAAACUGAUCAAAUACUGCCGGCCUUACCCAGUGGACAAGAGAUACAAAAAUUAUUGUUAAAUGUUGAAAAACCACAAACAUCUACUAAAGUUUCCAGUCCCUUUAGUGAAAAUUUAUCAAAAAAAUUAUUUCAACAUAGAAAAUUUUCUUUAAGAAAUCCCCGGAAAACAUUGUCCAAAUCACAAUGUAUUUUGGAAAAUACAAAUAGUGAGUAUGAAAAAGAGAACUCUUUUCAUUCCAAUUCUAAUAACGUAUCACCGAUCACAGAAACCAGUUUGAAUGUAGCAACCUUAGGUCAAGAAUCUCAUGAUAAAUGUAUCAGCCAAGUCUCUAAUAUUAUCAGUAGUAUUCCAAAAGUAAGAAAAGUUAAUCAAGGGUGGCUGGAAAGAAUAACAGGCUCACCAAUUACAGAGACAAAAUACCUCACUGAGCCAGCUGAAAAAUUUGGUUUAAGUAAUGUCAAUGUACCAGUAAUGGAAACCUUUAGCAUAAAUAUUAGUGAUAAAGGGCCAGAACUAAAUGAGAAAAAUUAUGAUUAUGUAGAAAAUAGUGAAUCUGAAGAAGAUGAAAACAUAGCAUUGAAUAAAUUAAAACCUGCUUUGAAAAAGAGGAAAAUCAGUAAUAAUAUGAGUACUAAUAUGACUAAUGCAAGUAUUAUAUUACACACUGAAAAUGAAAAUAUUACAAACCCAAAUGAAAUCGACAAUGGUUAUUUGAAACAGGCAACUAAAGAAAAUACUAUGAAAGAUACCAAAAAAAGAAAAUUAAAAUCUUCACAAAAUAUUUUAAAUGAUAAUGAAUUGCAACCACCAGAUAUUACAGAAUUUUUACCUUUUGGAAAAGAAGAUCAAGUGGCACCUAGACAUAGGAACAUUUCAAAAAUUCUUGAAGAAUUAGAUUCUUCUGUUAAAACACAGAAGGCAAAAGAGACAAAUGGUAAGGAAGUUCAUAAAUUGGAGUCCAAAAUAAAAAAUGGAACUUUAAAUGAUAAUUUUGUUAAAAUCAAUAUUGAAAAAAAAGUUUUUGUACGUGGCAAGAAAAGCAUUAAUUUUACAAAAUAUAAAAAACAACAAUGGAAAGACAAAAAGGCUUUGCAUGCUGGAAUGGAAUUUCCAGAAUCGGGUAAAAUUGCUUGCUUUAAAUGUGGAGGUUGUGGUCAUAUGGCAAGAUAUUGUACUGCACAUAAAGGAGAUUCACUUUUGCCAUUAGAAAGUUAUAGUGACAAUACAUUACCAUCUUUGAAGGAUAUGCAAAAUAUAGCCAAGGAAAAUAAAAAUUUUACGCUGUCAGAGCAACUAAGUGAGUCUUUGCAUGAACCAAGUAAAAUUCCUGAAUCUAUUUUGAAAAUGUUAGAAGAAAGUCAUAACAGUAGUGAACAUGUAAAACCUAUUUAUUCUGAUUAUCCUCAAGAGACUCCAACUGAACUAUAUGAGGCACUUUUAAAAUUUGGACAUGAUAAAUUUCGACCAGGACAGGAGGAAGCUAUCAAGAGAAUUUUAUGUGGUUUGUCCACUUUAUUGAUACUCUCAACCGGAGGUGGUAAAUCUUUGUGUUAUCAACUUCCUGCAUAUAUUUAUAGUAAAUAUCACAAGUGUAUUACUUUGGUAAUUUCACCACUGGUUUCUCUGAUGGAAGAUCAAGUGCUAAGUAUGCCAGAAUUUUUGAAGGCUGGAUGUCUACAUACUAAUCAACCACCAACCCAAAGACGGAAAAUCAUUCAAUGUUUAAAAGAUGGUGAAAUAAAUAUCCUGCUGGUAUCUCCAGAAGCAUUAAUAUCAGGUGAUUCAUCUAAUGGUUUCACUGGAUUGUUUAAAACAUUGCCACAAAUCGCAUUUGCAUGUAUAGAUGAAGCUCAUUGUGUUUCACAAUGGAGCCAUAAUUUCAGACCAAGUUAUUUAAUGAUUUCUCGGGUACUACAAGAAAAACUGAAUGUCAAAUGCAUUCUAGGCCUAACAGCCACAGCAAGUCAACCAACCAUAAAAAGUGUUAUUCGCCAUAUUAAUGUACCAGAUGGUUUAUCUGGUGUUAUAACAAGUCCCACUCUGCCCGAAAAUUUAAUACUGUCUGUGUCUUUGGAAAAGGAUAAAGAUAAAGCUUUAAUAUCUUUUCUUACAUCAGAAAGAAUUAAUUUAUUCAAUUCCAUUAUAGUUUAUUGUAUAAGAAGAGAUGAAUGUGAGAGAGUUGCAGCUGUUCUUAGAUCUUGUCUCCAGGAGCCUCACAAAAUUAAUAUGGAAAAACAGAUUAAGAAACGGAAAAGAAUGUCUUAUAUAGCUGAAGCUUAUCAUGCUGGUAUGUCUGCAGCACAGAGAAAAAAAAUACAAAAACACUUUAUGGAAGGAACAUUAAGAAUAAUUGUGGCGACUGUAGCUUUUGGUAUGGGUAUAAAUAAAUCUAACAUUAGAUGUAUCAUACACUACAAUAUGCCAAGCAGCUUUGAAUCAUAUGUUCAAGAAGUUGGUCGAGCUGGUCGCGAUGGUCAAAAUGCUUACUGUCACGUUUUUUUGAAUUGCAGUGACAAUGAUAAAAAUGAGCUUCUUAAACACAUACAUGCCAAUACUAUUGAUAGACCCACUAUAAGAAAAUUGAUACAGAAAAUAUUUGUUCCAUGUGACUGUCAAAAUCAAGAAGCUUCCACCAGUAGAAAAUGGUGCAAAGGGCAUGAAGUAGGUAUACCAAUAGAUUCAACUGUUGAAGAAUUAGAUCUUCCAGCAGAGAAUAUAGCCACGUUAUUAUGCUAUAUUGAGCUACAUCCAAAACAAUACAUUAAAGUUCUAAAUAAUGCUUAUACUAUGUGUAAAAUUGCUUCAUACGGUGGUCCAGUGAAGAUUUUAGAAGCAGCUAAAACUAGCAGCCCCCUUGCAAUGGCGUAUUUAUUGGAAAGUAAAAAAGACCCAGAAAUCAUGAAGAAAAGUUACGUAGAAUUCAAUGUGAUUGAAGUAGCUGCCGCAAUUGGUUGGGAAAGCGGUAUGACAAAAUACCAUUUGAAGAAUUUAGAAUGGGUAGUAGAAGGUGGAUUAUCGAAACGAUCUCUUUUGAAAGUAGAAUUCAGUACUCUUGGAUUACGAAUAAAGGCUCCUGGAGAUUUAAAUCCAGUGGAGUUAGACGCCAUCUUAGAUGAUUUGCAUAAACUAGUGGUAUCUCAAGAGAGAUCAAUGUUGUAUCAACUAGAAGAAAUAAAUGCAGCUUUAAGUACUCUAGGAAAUUAUUCCUUGGAUAGCGUAGAUCUUUCAGACGAACUUUUGCUACAAAAGUCAAAUGCUCUCAAAAUUAUAAUAAAGAACUAUUUUCAGAGAGACGAUAUUUUACCUUCGAACGUAAAAUUGCAAGAACGCCCUCUAGAUAUAGACCGUAUCGCGUCUGAUGUCAGGGCUUUAAUAACUUCUUAUAAAGAUUGCAGCUUUACUGGUCGUAGCAUAGCUAGAAUAUUUCAAGGCAUAUCUUCACCGAACUACCCAGCCAUUGUUUGGGGUAGAUGUAGAUUUUGGAGAUCACAUAUUCAAGAAGAUUUCUAUGGAAUCCUUAGAAUAGCAACUCAAGAACUAAUUCAAAUGAAAAUGAUUUAAAUGUUAUUAUUGUAUCAAUGAAUUUGUAAGAGUAAGAAUCGAGAAUCAUUUUGAUAAAUAAAUUUCUUUGACAUAA